AGACUUGGCCUCCCAAAGUUCUGGGAUUACGGGCAAGAGCCACCGUGCCUGGCCUGUUUUAAUAGCAAGCUGGUUGGGCUGAAGCAGAAUGUGAGCAAGAGAGAGUGGAUGCAACUGGGAGGGACUGGGAGGUCCCGAGGCCGGGGUGUGGCGGGGAGGGCUCUAGCUUCUGCUCUGACCUAGGAAGGAUAUGAUCACCCCUUCACUUCAAAAGGCCCCUUUGGUCCCUGUGUUGAGAACACAGCGGUGGUGGAUGGAAGUGGGGACCCAGUAUCCUUUUCCCUCGCAGGCAUGAGACCCACCAGGAACCGGGCUCCAGGAAGUGAGGUAGCCCCCUUCUUCCAUGCUGGUGGCCUCGCAGAGGGUCUGGACUCCAGCUCUGCCUCUAACUGGGAUUCCUCUGCAUCGGCUCUGUGUGCCUCAGUUUCCCCAGCUGUAGAAUAGGGACUAGACCCGCAUCAUGGGGAAAAGGCUCCAUGUAAUACAAGUUCCUGCUCCUGCUGCCUUGCGGUCAGAGUGUAGGCUGAGUAAGGGAAGAGCUCCUAGGGCGGGCCUUUGGGUUGGCUGAAGAAUCACCUGCCUGGUUAUUCGCCUACGUGGUGAGUGGGAUCUGGUGGGGGUGCCAAAAAAUGGAUUUAACUGGCAGGGAGGGCAUUAAGGCUGCUUCCUGCCCCCAGCUGCAGGGCCUCUGGGCUCCCUAGAAGGUGAGUCCACCUGCCCCUGCACCCCCUCCACUGGCCCAUCAACAACAGAAUGAGCAAUGUUCCUCGUCCCACUCUACCCCCACGCGAGCCGAGAUCUCCCUGAUCAUUCAGAUCUCACAGGCUUGACCCUACUCUACAUACUAAGAAAGUUCCAGUCCUCCCCUCAACUGUAGACGUUUCCUAGACCUGUUAGACGGGCACAGUGGCUCAUGCCUGUAAUCCCAGCACUUUGAGCAGAUCACGUGAGGUUAGGAGUUCGAGACCAGCCUGGCCAACAUAGUGAAACCCUGACUCUACUAAAAAUACAAAAAUUAGCCGGGCAUGGCAGUGAGUGCAUGUAGUUCCAGCUACUCUGCAGGCUGAGACAAGAGAAUCACUUAAACCCAGGAGGCAGAGGUCUCAGCGUCAAGAUAGUACCACUAUACUCGAGCCUGUGAUACAGAAUGAGAUUCUGUCCCAGAAAACAAAUCAAAACAAUUCCUACACCUUCCAGCUCCUGUCCUCGGCAUCCCCACACAUAGGCCCCAUGCUGCCCAAGACCCAGGCGGCAGAUCAGGCAUGACAUCAGACAUCUAUGUCCUCAAAAUAGGGCAGGUUGUUUCUGUCCUGGCCUCAACCCCACCUCCGCUGACAUGCCAGCCUCUGUGCUCCUCCACCUCAUUAUGGGAUUUCCUAAAACAAGGCCAGCUCCUCCCCAAGAGGCACCCCCAUGGUUCAAUGGCAGAGCUCUUCCUGCAGACCUGUGAGCUCUCCCUCUACAGCCAAAGGAAGCACGGCUCAGCCAGGCACAGUGACUCGUCCUGUUCCCUCUAGGAACUACUCAGUGGUGGUGACGCUGCUGCCACCUGGGGGUGACGUGACCUGGGUGACUGGCUACCUGGUGGAGGAGAAGCUGCUGAGGCCACUCCGACAGCUGUCCAGGGUCAACAUGCUGGCCGAGUUCUACCGGCUCAGACGCCGCCUGCUGCAGGGUCCCUGGGAGAGCAUAUCCGCUGGCCCUCUGGGCACCAACGACAAUAAAGCAGGCAAGGGAGCUGAUGUUGCUGGCUGGCUCUGUGGCCCACAGCCUGGAGGAGCUCAGCCUGGCCUGGUAGGUGAACAGGUGCACCUGCCCUUCCUCCCUCUGGCUGAGGCUCUUGAGGGUUGCUCGCUGCAGAGUCCCAGGAGAGGCAGGUGGCCUGCUGGCUCUGCAGCGGUCUUUGGAGACCCAGGGUUGGGGGAGUCUCCUGCUGAGGCCAAUGUAUGUGGGGGAGCCACAUGGUCCAGCGGGAGGCCUGAGUCUUGUGUCUGUCCCGCCAGGUGGAUGGUGACUGCAGGGCCACCGAGAAGACUCAGCCGACCUGCCCAGGACAGAGCCCCACUUGCCGGGCCUUCUUCCAGCUUGGGGAACUGCUUCUGAGUGAUGAGUGUGAGCCUGGGCCCUGGGGCAAAGAAAGCUUGAACAAUUCCUUAGUGUGUGUGCAGGACCCCUGUGGCACCUGAGAGCUCCAGCCUGCCUGCACUCUGGCGGCCGCCUACAUCCACCUGUUUGCCUGCAACUUCGGGCCCCUGGCCCCUCCUCCACAGUGUGGUAAGCUGCCCCAGCCGGCUGGCACUCUGCCCCCUGUCUGGCAUCUGCCUUCCAGCUGGAGGAAAAAUCCAUCUCUCUCUCUUGCCAGGAAGAACAAAUAAUUGUCAUUCAAGGAGCUAAGAGUCAAAACAUUUACAGCCUGACACAGCUUGGAUGUGUGUCCCCUCCAAAUCUCACGUUUGUUAGAGGGGGUGGAUGGCUUAGCAUCCUGUGUUUGGUGAAGCAUGAGUUCUUGCUCUGUUAAUUCACCUGAGAGCAGUUUGUUUAUAAAGAGCCUGGCCCCUCGUCUCUCUCUUUGCACCCAUUCCCAUUUCUGCCAUGAUCAUAAACUUCCCGAGGCCUCGCCAGAAGCCAAGCAGAUGCUGGAGCUGUGCUUGUACAGCCUGCAGAACUGUAAGUCCAUUAUCUCUCUUAUUUGUGAUCUACCCAGGCUGGAGGGCAGUGG